GGGGAAAAAAAAAUUCUGAGCUGUUGUUGUCAAGCUGAAGCCUGAAGGGCCAUGGCCAAUCCACAUAUUUUUUUACACAAAUGACAAAGGUAUACCCUUUUGCUUGCAAGGGCUUUUGGUACUACUGUGGGUAAGACACAUAUAUAUAACAAGCAUCUGCAAUGGGUUCUGGAUACUGGCUUAAAAAUGUAAUCAGUUUGAGAAAAGCAAAAGAUGGCAGAUCGAAAAGAUUAAAGAGAACUUCUAUAGGACGCAGGGAGGAUGAAAACUCUCAGAAAGAGCCUUCAAGAAGAACAAAUGGUGCCUCUGUCAAAAAGCACAGAGAAAUGGGAAUUCCUUCUGAAGAUAACGCAGCCAUAAGGAUUCAGACAGUUUUCCGUGCAUAUAUGGCAAGGAAAACUUUGCAUCGCUUGAAAGGGAUAUCAAGGUUACAUUCUAUGACACAAGGCCCUUCUGUGAAAAAACAAGCUUCGACAACCUUGAGCGCUCUCCAUUCAUGGAACAGGAUACAGGCCGAGAUUAGAGCUUGUCGUGUUCGUAUGGUCAUAGAAGGACGUCUUAAGCAGAAGAAACUGGAGAAUCAAUUGAAGCUAGAGGCAAAGCUUCAUAACUUAGAGGUAGAGUGGAGUGGUGGCCCUGAAACAAUGGAAGUGGUUCUAUCAAGGAUACAUCAGAGAGAAGAAGCAGCAGUGAAGCGGGAACGAACUAUGGCAUAUGCAUUUUCUCAUCAGUGGAGAGCCAAUUCCAACCCAAUGUUUGGAUCAAGUAUCCAUGAUUUAGGCAAAGCUAAUUGGGGCUGGAGCUGGACAGAUCGCUGGAUCGCUGCUCGACCAUGGGAAAGCCGAAUCCCUGUUCAAUCAAGGCCAAAAAUUGUCAAUAGAACAGCAAGCAAGACUCCUAAAAGUUACAAAACUCAAACAACAAAAACACCAGUUUCUGUUAAAUCAACUUCUGCCAAUUGGAAACGUGCUAUGAAGCCUCGAAAGCUAUCAUACGAAGCAGCUGAUAAACUAACUGCACAGAAAGGAAUCAACAAAGUUGAAACAAGCAUUGUCAAACAGGAGGUGGUAUCUUAGAAGCAAUUGAAAGAAAGAUGAUAUGUUCAACCUAAGACGCGUUUCUACAGUUCCGGUGAGGAUCAAAUGAUGCUGAAAAACUUGAAGUUGGAUAUGUGUCUGAACAGUGAAGUGAAGUUUGCCAUUUUUUCAUUUAAAUUUCCGAGCU